AUGACAAGCAACACGAACUCCCGAAAGCGAGGAAGCGACCAGUCAGAAAAGCUCCCUGAUCCGAAGAAGUUGAGGCGGGCCAUGGCCGACAGGCCCGGCCGCCUACACAAGACGAUCACAGUCCUCGUCGGACACGAGGAAGAUGUAUUCACCAUCGAUAAGAGUACUCUUCUGACUAGCUCCGAGUUCUUCAAGAAGACCUUGGGAACGUCGCUCAAGAUCAAUGGUCCAAAAGAAGUGAAACUGCCAGACGUUGAACCCCGAGCUUUUGAAAUUUACCUUGGUUGGCUUGAAACCGGCUACUUCUACAUCACCGAGGAAGAUGACCUUGUCAAUUCUCUCAUUAAGGAUGAUUCUCGUAACAUCAAGGACGACGAGUGUGGUAAGUGGAAUGAGUGCUACACGCUUGGCCACGCCAUACGGGACUGUGGUUUCCAGGACGCCUGUAUCGAUUGGAUUCUAGAGAAGAUGGUAUCCGAAGAUAUGAUCAUGCUUCAUGUACCUCUCGCGGUAUAUGAGAUCUGUGAUACAAUUCCAGCGCAUCGACAGUUUGCCGUUGAUGGCGUCGCUCACUUUUGGUAUGAUGACGAUUUCGAAAACAUGGAAGACGACAAAUUCCCUCCUAAGUUCGUCUUAGAUCUCGCAAAGUAUAUGGGGUCAAAUAUGAGGCACAGAAACGUCGCGGCUGAAGAUAACAAGGAGUUCUUCAGAGACAUCGGUUGCAAGUAUCAUGCGCAUGUCGCUCUCAACAAGCCUUGCUACAAGAAGACACAUCCGGCCUACAAGUAA